AUGAUGGCGGCUGUUCAACCACUGGAGUCGCUGCCCGCGCCAGGACGACGACAAAGUUUUGGACGAAAUCACAUAGCUAUGGAUAUCGACAUUGAAACUCGAGCACCACGUGCAUCACAUGAGAUGACGAUUCGAGGUGGUUUGCAACAAGGAGAUGCAAGAAUAGUGGUGAUAAUGUAUGGUCCUGGCCAAGAGCAGAUAGUGGCCGUCUUUGCUGAGGUUCUCGGGAAGCCUUACCGACUGAAAGGAGGGAUUCGGGACGUCACCAGGGAUGAUCAGGAUUGGGUUAUUGGGGUCUCGGCGGAAAGUGCAAAGGCUGAGAUAGCCUCACGGAACAGGGGACUGGUCGUGACCAUCAACGCUCAUUGUACAACACUGGGCAUGCCUCCCGACGUCUACCUGUCAGCGCAGACAGAUUACGAGUGGCUUUAUACCGAAGCUUCAUUCUUCCGAAGAGAUCUAACACGAUUUGUAUCACAUACCCUGGGACAGCUUAGCCACCACGAAACACUAAUGGCAAAACCGAGGACGUACUUCAUUUCGACAACGUUUCCGGAUGUCCAUGCUGCGCUCCCAAACAUCGACAUACUCACUGUCGGCUCAGACGCUGUCGAGAUUCGAGUUGAUCUCUUGAAAGAGCCUCUGGGCAAUGGACGGUUCUCGGAAAUCCCAAGCUUGAGCUAUGUUGGCGAACAGCUCAUGCUUCUUCGCCAGAGGACCGAACUGCCAAUCAUAUUCACGACAAGGUGUACGAAAGAGAAUGGCCGAUUUCCGAUGGACAAUCCAGACUUGUUUUAUGAAUAUCUUUACCGGGCGAUUCAGUGGGGCGUUGAGUACAUCGACGUCGAGCUCUGGCUCCCAGAAACCAUUCGACGAAGACUGUACGAGCAGCGCGGGAGCAGUCGCAUCAUGUCUGCCUUCCAUGAUUUCUCAGGCACUUUCAAGUGGCCCUCACAGAGAGCCGAGUCAAUAUUCCUCCAGUCUCGACGGUACGCCGACAUUGUGAAAAUGAUUGCCAUCAUCAAUGACCACAAUGAAAACUUUGAGUUGGAAUACUUCCGGUCAAAAAUCAAGGCUGAAUAUCCCGAUUCACCACCGCUGUCUGCUGUCAACAUGGGGGAAACGGGUCAGUUCUCUCGGACGCUUAACAAGGUCUUCACUCCUAUCACCCACCCUCUGCUGCCCAUCAUCGCAGCUCCGGGGCAGAUGAGCGCAGCUGAGAUCAACCAGGCCCUGGCGUUGGUUGGACAGCUGCCAAAGAAGAACAUCUAUGGCAUUACUAGCCCGAGCAUGCGGAGUGCCAUUCCACAGGCACCCUUCUAUGAGAAAUGCUUCAACGAACUUGGGUUACCACAUCACUUUGCCGUCGUGGAGCGACAACCCAAAGGGCUUGCCUCCAUCGAGACGUGGUGUAAUCAAAGAAACUUUGGCGGUGCUCACCUAAAUCCAGCCAUGUCACUCACCAAUCUGGCGACGAGCAAAGGCUUCUUUGCAUCACUCAACAAUGGCAACGGGCCGGUUCUCAGCGAAGCCGCUCGACUCAUCGGGAUGGUUGAUACCAUCGUCGUCCGGCCGGCCACAUCAUCUAGUUCAGCAUCCACACCAUCAAGCCCGCCUCGGCAGCAAAACGGAGAUUCCGUGGGUGCUAUCGGCUCGACGCAGUCGGGCUUGCCACCGAACACUUCUCUCGUGUUUGACAACGCCUCGUGGAAAGGUAUCCUUAGUACCCUUACCCGUGAUCUUGCUCCAUCUGCCUACUUUGGCUGCGCGGCUGUGGUACUUGCCUCAUCGGCCGACGAUGCAGCCAGUGCUUUAUUCGCUCUCAAAGCCCUGAAGGUCGGUAAGGUUUACACCGUCGGCUUCAAAACACCUCCCGCCUUUGCCAAAGACCUUCGUAUCGAGCCAUUCAACAGCCUCGAGAGCAUACAGAGAGCCCGUACGGUAAAUGCCAACGGUACCGAGUCUAUACGAGCGGGGGCCGGCUCGCCGUUUGUGGUGGUGAGUGCUCUGGGUCCGGAAAAGAGUAAUCUAGUCGGGAUGCUCGUUCGUCUGUUCGGGUCGCCGCCUCGAGGGGCGGCAGGUGCGGGAAGGGAAAACUCGAGAAGGGUGUUUUUGGACCUGGCAGACGGCUCGGGGCAUGGCCCACGGAAGGGGGACCCGGGUUUGAUUGCUGAGCAAUGUGGGUUCGCGGCUUAUGGGGCGGCGGAUGUAACGGCGUUUACGACAGUUGAGACGCUGAGGUUGCUGGUUGGGCAGAACGUACCGUACAGCUUUGUGAGGUUGGCGAGCGGGAGGCAGUUCUUUUGA